AUGUGCAACUACAUCUAUAAGGAGCUCAGCUGCCAACACCACUACCACUUGGUGGAAUCAUGGUGUCCCAAGUACAUCGAGACUGAACGUCGGUGUCCGCCCACCAUUCUGCCUGCCGAGAACGCCAACAACCAAGUCAACACCCAUGGGCUAAGCUUAUCCAGCGUCCCGAGUCACGCAUGUCCUACUCUCCUCAACUCCGAGCAUAAUGAGAACGACACGACGAACGACUCGGCAGGUCGAGAUGUGUAUUGA